AAGAAAUUAAAAAACUUACUCGUACAGGUCAUAUCCAACGGCCUGCUUAUAAUUUGGUGGCCGAAUGGGUAUUAAGAGCAUGGAACCAAGUUAAUAGCCCAGAGGCUCAAAAUAAAAAUAGUGAAUAUGUGUAUAUUGAUGAGGAUAAUGCAAGUAAUAGCAAAAGUAUUGUUGACUUAACCCAAAACGACAAUGGUAGUGAGAAUAAUGAUAACAACUAUAAUAUUGAAGACGAUAGUAAUGAAGGUGACGGCGAUAAAGACGACAGCAAUAAAGAUGAUGACGAUGAAACUGAUGAAGGUUGUGAUGAAGACACAUAUUAUGAUGAAUGGGUGGUUGAGUAUGUUAAUUUGUGA